GAUUUAAAGUGGGUAUAAAUAUCAUUGGAAGCCACCGUCAAAACAUCAUCAGUUCAACAAGUUCUCUUCUAGCUUCAGCAAGCCACCUCAAACCAAACCCCAAAACUUCAAAAUGUUCGCCAAAGUGAUUGUCCUCGCUGCCGUUGCCAUUGCCUGCGCUAACGGAAAGCCGCUGGUCGCCGCUCCGGUUGUGGCCGCUGCUCCAGCUGUAGUGACUGCCCAGAGCUCUCAAGUCAUUGCUCGUAACUAUAACGGAAUCGCUGCGGCUUACACUGCGCCAUUGGCUGCUGCUUACACUGCUCCGGUCGCUGCUGCCUACACUGCCCCUGUGGCCACCGCUGCCUACACAGCUCCAGUUGCCGCUGCUUAUACUGCUGCUGCCUACACCUCUCCUUUCGCUCCAGCUGCCUACACUGCUGCUUCUCCAUUUGCUCCAGCUGCCUACACUGCUGCUUCUCCUUUCGCUGCUGCCGCCUAUACUGCUGCUCCAGUCGCCGCUGCCUACAGUGCCUAUCCUUAUGUGUUCUAAGAUGGACUUUACUUUUCCCCUACUGAAUAAACCUCGCUUUUGCAGACCGUAAA